AUGCCAAUUGUCACGUCAAGAGGCAAGGAGGUGGACGUCCCUCCAAGGCCCAGUAUGAGGCUUUUCUCUACCAUGCUGAAAUCCAUGACAAUUAUGCUUCAAGUGAUGAAGAUGACUCAAAUGAAGAUGAAAGCAGCACUAGACCAUCAGAGAUGUAUUUUCAUUCAAGCUUUUUCACAGCCAUACAGUUGUUGA